ACUAACUCUACUUACCUGGCUAACUAUCGAUUUAGUUACUACAAAACAUUCAGUGUAAAAGUUAUUAUAGCCUUCUAGUUUGGUUUAUUUAAGUGAUACUUCGUCACUGGUUCAGCUACGACGCUAAUCGGUGCGUCUUAUUUAUUUAAAACACAAAUAAACAAAUAGCUUACCAACUAACUUCUCUAAAUCGCUAGCUACCCAACGCUAGCUGACUAGCGGCUGUAAAGAAAAUGGAACUUCCAGGGGUUUUUAUUUUCAUCCCGUUGUUAAUUUUGUGGACUGUCUCCAUUUCACACACCGUUGACACGGCCGACUUGACAACUCCUGCUGUAGUGAAAGCGCUGAAGCCUGAUAACCACACGAGUAAUGGCGUUCGCAACAGCACGACGUCCAGCAACAGUAGCAUUUUUCCGAAACUAAAUGUGGACAGCUCAAUGAUACAAAGGGCCCUGUAUGUGCUUAUUGGGAUCACAAUCAUUGGAGUGCUUUAUUUCCUCGUAAGAGCGGUGCGGUUGAAGAAAACAACUCAGAGGAACAAGUAUGGGCUGCUGUCAAAUUCUGACGACAACAUGGAGAUGGCUCCUCUUGAGAGUGAUGAGGAUGACACGACUGUUUACGAAGCGAAGGCCCUGAGAAGAUGAGUCCUGCAUUCCUUGGCCAAGAGGAAGCAGAAAGAACUGGAAGAGAGCGAAAACAUUCCCAAGGCUUAAUCUUUCCAUGACUGCAACAUUUUUGUUUUCAUUUUUCUCAUCAUGCCUGUGAGGAGGAUUAGACUGGACAUUUAAAUUUUGAUUCUUUUUUUUUCCUGUAAUCAAUUCAAAUAUAAGAGUAGAAAAAGGAGACGCUAGGGACAUGAGAUUUGUGUUGACCAAAUAGAUGAUAUUCUUUUUCUUAUUAUUAAAAGGACCUUUAAUAAAUGCAUAGGUUGAGUACUGUAAGAGGACAAUCAGUCGGGGUGUUUUUUGUGCCAAAGCUGCUGAUGAAGGUGAAGAGGUGUUUUCACUCCAGCGAUACUUCAUUUUUGGGGGAAACCGUCUAUGCAGUGUCCUGUGGCUUUGAAAUAGACUGUUGACAUUUUGCUGAACACGCAUCAGAUUUCUACAAACAAUGCCAUUUUUUUUCUGGCAUCUUUACUUAAGUUAUUUUGCCUCACCAUGUAUUGUGACCUUUAUAGUAAUGGAUAACAGGUGAUGGCUCUCAAGACUUGUUUUUAUCCUCUCCUUUGCUUCACUUUUUAUCUCUGCACUUCUCUGUACUGAAUAUUAGUCCUAAAUGGUCAAACUUUGCUGUGAAUAUCCUGUUUUCAGACCGGACAGAUUAGACCCGAGCGAUCGAUUACCUCUGGGGAAUAUCUCACUGAGAUCUUUCCAAUAUGCCAAUACAGUGCGGGGCAGCCAUUCUCGCCUGAAUGGUUCAUCCACCUGAACUGUCAUCCCCUGUUUAAUAGCCCUUGGCACAUGAUCUGGUUAUUACCACAACAGAGGAGAGCUGCUCACAGAAACCUUCAUUUAAAAAUCCAUAGACAAUCUCAGAGGUGAUAAAGAGGCCCCCUGUUUCUCAACCUCCAUUAUCUACAAAAUGAUUAAUUAUUAACCAUUAUCUCCAAAUGUGAAUUUUUUGGAGGUUGUAUUGCUCAUUGUUGAAAUAAUAAUGGUGGCAGAGAAAAGGUUUGGUAGGUGUUUUUCUUGGUUCUAGCUGCAGCUUUUAUAUAACAUGAGAUGAUUCCCCAACAUCACCUUACACAGCUGUAGCAGAGCUAUGCAUUUCUUUAACAUUUGAGUAUUUUGACUUAAUUUCACAUUUUUGUGGCUUCUCUCGUGUCACCAUGUUUGCCUGUAUUCUUUCACUUUAUAACUUAUGGCAUGGUGCCACUGCUCUUUGGGAUUUGACUUCUUCCACUCACAAAAGCACAGGACGUAGCUCUCAGGCAGGUGGACUGAUGUUUGGUUGGGCCUUGCUUGUGUUGUUCUGAUGUCUCUUCAUUUAAGCAUUUGUGUCUCUUUUAGUGUCUUGCUGUGACAAAUGUUCAGCCAUUGUAUGCCCAGUGUUUCAGGAGUGGGAAACAUUUGCAGUACCAAUGGAACAGCACAGACAUCAUGUUAAUCAUUUUGAUGUGACUUGUGUGUCAAAUGUGUGUCAAACACACACCAAACAUCCGGUGCUGACAACAGCCUGACAUCAGUAAAUUAAUUUAAGAUUUUGCUAGUUGCUGUAGGUAUCUCACCAAGCCAAAUAAAUGGUGUGUAAGAUUGCAUGCUUGAAAACAUA